UGCGUGUUACCCAAUCCAGCGCCAUUGCCGUGCAGGACGACUGCCAGCAGCAACAUGGCACCGGCGGUGACGCACCGGCCCAAGACGGGUCGCCCUCCGCACGCGGUCUGGGCCCACUUCAUCAAGGGCGAGAAGCGCAACGGGUCCCAUCACCACGUUUACUGCCGCUACUGCUCGGACGCCCAGGCGCAGGCGCUGGCAGCGCCGGCCAACCCUGCGGCAGGCCCGCUCAGCAUUGAGGCCAUUCGCGGCGUCCCGACCAAGAUGCUCCGCCACCUUAGCAUCUGCAUCUAUUGCCCCACGUCGACGCGAAAUCAAGUUCGUUCGAUGGUCGACGAGCAUGCCGCGGGUCCGAGCCGCAAACGCCGGCGCACUCCCGAGCCCGAAGGCAUGGUGCCCCCGCAGCCGCUGCUCGACCUCUUGCUUAGCGACGGCCCCGAGCGGCCCAGCGCACCGCCCAUCGCAAAUGAAAAGCGAUCGGCGGCCAAUGUGCUCCCUCCAGACGACGCAUUGGUGCAGGUUGCCCUUAGUGGCGACGUGCCGUGGGCGUGGGCUUGGAACCCAGACGUGUCGAAGCUACUAGCAAUCGAUGUGCCGUCACCAGAUGUGCUCUACGAUCGCUGCUUGCGCCACAAAGUCGAGGACGCACCAAGCAUGCCCUUCGCAUCCCUCUCGGUCGCGUCCUGGACGUCGCUCUGCUCGCGCGAGUUUACGAUUGCGUGCACGCUUCAGUACCUCCACAGCUGCACGACGCUCUCCUUUGCAUCGAUCGCGCCGACACUUGAUGCGUGCAUUGCACAUCUGACGAGCGUCGUCGCCUCCAGUCCACCGCUCGUGGUCAUUCUUGUCGACUCGGCGCUGCUGCUCGAAGCAGCGUCUGCCACGCUGCCGCAGUGCACGGUACUCUAUUGCACGCGCGCCCUCCUGCGACUUGUAUCGGCGACGACCUUUCUGGAUUCGGGCGGGCCGAGGCACCCCGUCGCCAAGAGUUGGCGGGCCAUGGCGGCGCACGAGAGCGACGCAAGUGCUGCGUGGUCGACCCUCGACAUUGCGUAUGCCCGACUCGAGGCGCCCGGUGGUUUGUCGGGCCGCGACGCGCUGCUUGUCUACUUGGACCUCACCCGCGCGCUGCCGUCCUCGCUGCUGCUGCCGUCGAUUCUCUCCAAAUGCGACGGCCGCCUGUGGCUCGUUGCGUACGCGCUGCACACAGCGACUGACGUGGACCUUUUCGAACAUUGGCUUUACGUGGGUGCGGCGGUUCGCCACUACGCUCUGCAGUGGCACCUGGAUGCGAACGCAGUCGUGACCCAUGUGCUGGAGCUCCGGCGCGGCCAGUUUCCGUUUGAUAGCGCGACAAAAUCGCUGUACGCUGAAGACGUCGGGUCGUACUACGCGUUCCUCUCCGAGUCCCACCCGGAGCUCCACGCGUUUUGCAUUCGGUUGUUUAGUAUUGCGCCGGCAUGUGUGCGCUACGAGGCAGUGCUGCCCGGGCUUCUUGACGCCAACCUUAGUCCGUUCUUGGCUCGCAUUGAUAUCCCUGCGCAAGCGCAGUGCGCCAUCGCCAAGUACAGCGAGCACUCGUCCAAGCGUCCGAGUGCAACGGCACCUCAACUACUCUCGGCAGAUGCAUGGCUGCAACUGCGACCAGAGAUCGACGCGUUUGUUCAAAAUGAAGUCGAUGCGUGGGCGACGCUACCGACGACCAGCACCAGCGUCGACUUGACGACCUUGAAGAACGAGUCAUGAGAUAUGCAACUUGAUGCAUAUGAGCACGUUCCAAUAUGCAGCUUUUCUGUAUUGUUCUGUGCCCAAAACGAAUCCACAAAGGCCAUGGCGGCGUCGGUGUGACGCUCUCUUGCGGUCAUCCCAGUCGGUCGCUGUCCGUGUGAGGGCUGACACGCAAGGAGAAGGACGCUGCUGCUAUGUAUCUCCUGUGCAUUCGUCUCGCCAGGAUGGAAAUUCAAACUCGACAAGUCGGACGACGAAUCAAGUUUAUCCGC